AUGACUAACGAGGUUCCUUACAAUCUACAAAUGAUGGGAACUUCAUCAACAUCUACUAAUUCUGGUAAUGGUGGAGACAUUGUAUCAGGAAUAAAUUCUGAAAUAAUUCAUGAUGGUACCGGCGGAUGUAAUAAUAACACAAAUUCAAAUACUCAGGAUGUUCUUUCCUUGUUGAGCUAUCUUGUUCCAAAUUCUGGCGGUGAUGUAAAUUGCUCCUCAGUCAAUCCUCCUCCUCAAAUAGCGGACCCGGUAACGAUAAAUGAGCUUCUCGGUUUAAUAAACGGCGCAGUUUCAUCCAACUCUAAUGGAAUUAAAGGGGGCGCCCCUAAUGCAUCAAAUUCAUGUGAACCCAAUAAUUUGAUAGAUACAACGAACAAUAACAAUAUGGCUAGUUCUAUUCCCUAUCUUUUGCCUUUACUCAUGGGUUCUGGCUCUAAUAAUGACCAAAACAUAACGCUUUUAAAUAGCCUGGUCUCUUCAACAGGAAGUUCAAAUGGUGCACAGGGUAAUAUCAAUCAGUUUGUUUCACAAUUGCAAAACUUGUUACCACCCAUGGUUCCAGGUCCUAAUUCAGGAAAUAUACAAAAUAAUCAAAAUUUGAGCCACUCCAAUACUGGAUCUAAUCAUUCUGCAGAACAUCUACAAAUGAUUUACGGUGGUGGAAAUAAUAUUAGCGCUGAUAACAAAUCGGAGCUCCUUGCAGCGGCAGCGGCUUUUGCGGCUUCGAAUACCAUGAAUAUUUCCAAUGCUGGUCCAGUUACUAACUCCAGGGGUAGAGCAAGGAAAAGAACUUCAACCACCCCAUUAGGCGGAAUGAGAGGGAGAAGAGAUUCUACAGAUGCUAAUAAAAGGAGAGGGGGAAGCCCAGGCCGUCAUCAUACUAUCGAUGGGUCAGGAAUGCCAACAUCUGGAGCAUUGCUCCCUCAUAUUCCGUCUCUUGGCAAUGAUGGAAUGGAAACUUUAGAACAUAGUGGCGGUGUUAGUAUGUUGGGGACUCCUGCCGCGCAUCAUAGUGGAUCUCAAUAUAAUGAAUUUAGUACUGAAGAUGCACGACACUCAGUCAGAUUUGAGAAUGGCCUUGUGUUAAUGACUAAGCGAUUUAUUCAGUAUCUUUAUGAACAAGGUGAAAGCAGAAUUAUUGAUUUAGCUGCGGCAGAAGCCCAUAUGGAUGUACAGAGGAGAAGACUUUAUGACAUAACGAAUGUUUUGGAAGGAAUUGGAAUUCUUAAGAAAAUGGGCCGUAAUGCAUUCAUGUGUUCUGCAUCUGUACCAGAGGUUCUUGUGGAGCGUGAUGCAGUACUUUCUUCAUUUGGUACAGUUGAUAUGAGUGUUAAACUGGCGCCAAGCAUCGAUGAUGAGAGUCUUGAUACUAUCCCUUGGUUCCAUAGUUAUAACAAGCUACAAGUUCUCUCAAACUCGGAGUACGAAGUUAUGGAAAAGACUCUUAUUCAAAGAAAAGAGCAACUUCUACAGGCCUGCCAGCAACUCGGCUUCACUGAUAUAGUUGACCAGUACACAAUUGCAACUAACGCAACUGGCGCACAUGUAACUGGAGGAGCAGUGACAAAUUAUGCAGCAACUGUUCACACAAAUAGACCUCAAAGCCAUACUGGUGGGGCAUCUAAUUCUAGAACUGCGGCAGGGCAGCAUUCUCUUUCAUUAUCACAUGCAGGUCACGCUAUAAGAGAGGAUAACAUUACUGUUCCAAAUACAAUUGAACAACAAACGAAUGAGGCAAAUUCCGCAGCUAAUAGUAAUACAGGUGCAUUAUGGGGGAGUAUAAUGGGUGGGUCAAAUAGAACCAGUACCGUCCCUUCAAUUCAUCAUCCCGAUGCUCGCUGGAUGGAAACUGCCGAAACAAAUCAUGGUACAGCCAAACAUAGGAUGGAUGGAGACCAAAGUUCAGGCUCUGGAGUCGUGGGUCAGAAUGAAAAUAUCAAUGGCUUUACGGAAUAA